UCGCAGGCAGUUAAAACCAAAAUCACAGAGAGAGAGAGAGAGAGCAUGAAAACAAAAGCUGAUGGAUAAUGUCGAGAAAAUAGAUCACCAUAAUUAACAACUUCAAAAACUAUAGCAUUCCCCAGACCCACCGCUACUGGGUCUCUCAUUCUCAUACCGGAGAUGGGUCCACAAGCACAGUUUUGUUAUAAUAACGUUUUGAGUGUGGGAGCUUUUUCUCUUCCUCCUCCUACGGUAGCCAGCUCGUUCCACCAAAAUUCAGUACCGUUCUCUUGUAAGUCCAAUAGCUAUUGUUGCGGCAAAUAUUGGCUGUCCAGAUCUGAUAGCAACAGCAGAUCAAGCGGUGUGAGGAGAAUGGCUUCUUCUUCGCCUAUAAAGACCUCGCAUCAUCGUCUGCGGCAUGUGGAUUCAAUGACGAUUCUACCGUCGGGUGCUGGCAGGAUAUCGCAUUUGAACGCCGCCAUCUUGGGUGAAUCCUUGGCUUCUGAAGAGAAUGAUCUCGUCCUUCCCAAUGACCAAUUCUCUUCUCAGGCUCUCGUCCCAUCUCCCGAAAAGUAUGUGGAGAUGUAUAAGAGAUCAAUUGAGGACCCUGCUGGAUUUUGGUCCGAUAUUGCGUGGUCAGAGUUUUACUGGAAAGAGAAAUGGGGUCAGCAAGUGUUUUCUGAGAAUCUUGAUGUCCGGAAAGGCAAUAUUAGUAUUGAGUGGUUCAAAGGUGGUGUAACCAAUAUUUGCUACAAUUGCUUGGAUAGAAAUGUUAAAGCUGGAAAUGGGGACAAAAUUGCCAUUUACUGGGAAGGCAAUGAGCUUGGUGUUGAUGGCACUUUGACGUACACUCAGCUUCUACAGAGUGUUUGCCAGCUUGCAAACUACUUAAAGGAUGCUGGGGUUAAAAAAGGUGAUGCAGUUGUGAUUUAUUUGCCAAUGCUAAUGGAACUUCCAAUUGCAAUGCUCGCAUGUGCUCGCAUUGGUGCCGUUCACUCGGUUGUAUUUGCUGGAUUUUCUUCUGAAUCUCUUGCCCAAAGAAUUGUAGACUGCAAACCUAAAGUUGUGAUUACUUGCAAUGCUGUUAAAAGGGGUUCUAAGGUUAUCCCCCUCAAAGGCAUAGUUGAUGCUGGCCUAACUGAAUCAGCCCGAAAUGGAAUAUCUGUAGAUGUGUGCUUAACCUAUGAAAACCAAUCAGCCAUGACGAGGGAAAGUACUAAUUGGCAAGAAGGAAGAGAUAUAUGGUGGCAGGAUGUUGUUCCUAAGUAUCCAACUACUUGUGAGGUGGAAUGGGUUGAUGCGGAGGAUCCACUUUUUCUGCUCUAUACUAGUGGGAGCACCGGAAAGCCAAAGGGUGUUCUCCAUACAACUGGAGGAUAUAUGGUGUAUUCCGCAACAACGUUCAAGUAUGCAUUUGACUACAAACCGUCCGAUGUCUACUGGUGUACAGCUGACUGUGGUUGGAUUACUGGGCACAGCUAUGUUACUUACGGACCACUGCUAAAUGGAGCGUCAGUUGUAGUCUAUGAAGGGGCUCCAAAUUAUCCUGAUUCUGGACGCUGUUGGGAUAUUGUUGACAAAUACAAGGUGACUAUAUUCUAUACCGCACCCACAUUGGUGCGGUCCCUCAUGCGUGAUGGUGAUCAAUAUGUUACCCGUUACUCGAGGAAAUCCUUACGGGUCCUUGGAAGUGUUGGCGAGCCUAUUAAUCCAAGUGCAUGGAGGUGGUUUUACAAUGUAGUUGGAGAUUCAAGGUGCCCUAUAUCUGACACCUGGUGGCAGACUGAAACUGGUGGCUUCAUGAUUACUCCAUUACCAGGUGCUUGGCCUCAGAAGCCUGGUUCUGCUACUUUUCCUUUCUUUGGGAUUCAGCCUGUCAUAGUGGAUGAGAAGGGUGUUGAGAUUGACGGUGAAUGCAGUGGGUAUCUAUGUGUGAAGGGCUCAUGGCCAGGGGCAUUCCGUACACUUUAUGGUGACCAUGAAAGAUAUGAAACAACAUACUUCAAGCCAUUCCCUGGCUAUUAUUUCAGUGGUGAUGGCUGCAGUAGGGACAAGGAUGGAUACCACUGGCUUACUGGAAGGGUUGACGAUGUUAUCAAUGUUAGUGGACAUCGUAUUGGCACAGCAGAAGUUGAAUCUGCUCUAGUCUCUCAUCACCAAUGUGCAGAAGCUGCCGUGGUUGGUGUUGACCAUGAGGUUAAAGGACAGGGUAUCUAUGCAUUUGUUACUCUUGUGGAGGGUGUUGAAUACAGUGAAGAACUCCGGAAAAGCCUCAUACUCACAGUCCGGAAUCAGAUAGGAGCCUUUGCAGCACCUGACAAAAUACACUGGGCACCUGGUCUUCCAAAGACAAGGAGUGGAAAGAUAAUGAGGAGAAUUUUGAGAAAAAUUGCUUCCAGGCAGUUAGAUGAGCUUGGGGACACUAGCACACUUGCAGAUCCAAAUGUGGUUGAUCAGCUUAUUGAACUCGCGGAUCGCUGAAGCUCCACACUUGUAAUGUGGGAGGUACCCUCAUCAGGACUAUAUUCAGUCAUGUUACAGGCUCUCGCGAUUUUCCUUUUCCUUUUUUUUUUUUUUUUUUUUUUUUUUUUUAAUGAUAAGAGGCUCUCACGAUAAUUUGUUAUUUGAGCAAUAGAAAGAAGACCCCUUAAUAAUACGCAUUCAUAUAUUUGGAUUUUUUUUUCAAACAUUUGGGGUGUUAAUUUAUCUGUCCUCCUUUAUCUGA